GAAAGGAGGCCUCCGUUGUCUGCGGAAGAGAGAGGCGCCUUUCGGGGGGAGAGAGAGAGAGAGGAGAUCAUCCAGCUCUGCUUGCGUCCAGUUCAUAAUUCCAGCCGUGUAUCUGAUGACGGGUAUGUCCCAGGUAGUCUCUGAACAAGUCUUGUGAAGAACAUCUUGUGAGAGCUUUGUCCUAGGGAUGCCCUAAGUCUAAAAUGACUUGAAGGUACACGGCACUGACAAGAACAAGAAAUAAAGAGAAACUAUAUUUCAGGUUAUAUACCUGUGUAACCAAGGGGGAAAGGAAAGAUUGUGCUGUAAAAAGAGGGGAAAGAGUCCAGAAGACUACAGCAAUACAAAGACUGAGAAGAGGAAAUCCUGUGCUGUUCAGUUCAUAUCUGUGAGCUUCUAUCGUAUAUGAAUCAUAAAUGUAAAAGAAUGGAAAAUGAUUUACAUUGCGAUCUGAGACCACAGGCAGGGGAGAAGGUAGAGACGUGUAUGAUAUGUGGUAAAAGUUUCAGUGGGAGAAGUUCUCUUGUUAAGCAUGAACGGACUCACACUGGGGAGAAGCCAUAUCAAUGCAUGGAAUGUGGAAAGAGCUUCAGUCGGAUUGACAAACUGCAUGUUCAUCAGAGGACCCACACAGGGGAGAAGCCGUAUGAAUGCACGGAAUGUGGAAAGAGGUUUGGUCAGAGUGGGGACCUGCAGUCCCAUCAAAGGACGCACACAGGGGAGAAGCCAUAUCAAUGCAUGGAAUGUGGAAAGAGCUUCAGUCGGAGUGGAUAUCUCCUUACCCAUCAAAGGACCCACACAGGAGAGAAGCCGUUUCAAUGUAUGGAAUGUGGAAAGAGCUACAUUCACAGUGGUAGUCUACGUUCCCAUCAAAGGACCCACACAGGGGAGAAGCCGUAUGAAUGCAUGGAAUGUGGAAAGAGCUUCAGUCAGAGUGACAAACUGCAUGUUCAUCAGAGGACCCACACAGGGGAGAAGCCGUAUGAAUGCACGGAUUGUGGAAAGAGCUUCAGUCAGAAUGGGGACCUGCAGUCCCAUCAAAGGAUCCACACAGGAGAGAGGCCAUAUAAAUGCAUGGAAUGUGGAGAGAGCUUCAAUCAGAGUGGACACCUCCGUUCCCAUGAAAGAACCCACACAGGGGAGAAACCCCAUAAAUGCAUGGAAUGUGGAGAGAGCUUUAGUCGGAAUGGAUAUCUCCUUGCCCAUCAAAGGACCCACACAGGAGAGAAGCCAUUUCAAUGUACAGAAUGUGGAAAGAGCUUUGUUCACAGUGGAGACCUGCGUUGCCAUCAAAGAACCCACACGGGGGAGAAGCCGUAUGAAUGCAUGGAAUGUGGAAAGAGCUUCAGCCACAGUCGGUAUCUCCUUACCCAUCAAAGGAUCCACACAGGAGAGAAGCCAUUUCAGUGCAUGGAAUGUGGAAAGAGAUUCGGUCGGAGUGGACAUCUGCGUUCCCAUCAAAGGACCCAUGCAGGGGAGAAACCCUAUAAAUGCAUGGAAUGUGGAGAGAGCUUCGGUCAGAGUGGGCAUCUAUGUUCCCAUCAAGGGACCCACACAGAAUAGAAGCCACAAGAAUGCAUGGGAUAUAGAAUGAGCUUCAGGAAAAAUUCAGCUUGCACUAGACAUCAAAAAACUUAGAUAUGGCUA